AUGGCUGCCCGGCGUCAUUCCAGCGCCGGAAACUUUGCUAUUGAGGCGAGACCAGCCUUGCCCCUGACGAGUGAGAUUACCAGCAUGUACGCUCUGACUUAUGAGGGCCCAACAAUGGCUGAAGCUACUGCUGAGCUGACCGACUAUGGCGAUCAGGGCCCCGUUUCAGUCGGUGAUGAGGCGCAUAACUAG